GGGAUCCACCCGGACCGACACUAUCACUCACGGGACGACAUCCGAAUCUCCGUUAGACUCUAGUCUCAACUGUUCGUAGCUGCAUGCAAAUCAUUUCGAUGGCGAGGAAUGAGUACCAAGCUGUUGGGAGCAAUCACAGACGCCGCUGCGUCAUCAGAGUAGUAUCCGUGCUCGGUGACCCCGUUGCUAAGCAAGAAGGUAGGAUCCCCGCAUUCCAAUGCUGUAUGUACUGUGCUUGUGCAUCCAGGGUACACAGAUCAGCAAACUAAUUAUGUCUUGCAGCAGAUUAAUGACUACAGCGCCGACGACUCUACUCCUAUCGUCGUGGUGGUUCGAGGCGUUUGGACGCAGGCCAGACGCAGCGACUCGAGUAUCGACGCGUACCCGCCGUUGCUUCCUGGGUCGGAAGCUGAUUCCGCCUGCUCGGAUCCUCGAUGUAUCAAUUAUUAUAAGGAGCAGAGGACGGGGACGAAGCGCAGGAAAGAAUAGACCCCAGACACCCAGUUGUCACUGCUUGGAGGCGUGGGCUAGAUGCUUCGGGCUGACCAUGGUGAUGGCAAUAGCCAUUGGCCACUUACUAUCUCGAUUGCAGACUCGAUGUAUAGGAAAACUUGUUGGCAGGCGCUCAUCAAGCAUUGCCACUGGCGCCGAAUCAGGACGAGCAGCGGCUCUCGUGGACGGGAGACCUAAGCUCGCGCGGCAGCGGGUGUCUUUUACCGGCGCUGGAACGAGUGGGUACACACCUAACUUAGUUGUGGCUGGGCAGACGAAUAGCUCGCCAGGACGAGGUUCCAGGGCAGCGUCGAUAGCGGCAGGGAUGGAGCUAGGAUGGGCGAGGAGGAAGAUCAGAUCUGAUAGCUCUGAUUAUCACAGUAUUACUUACUAAUAUGCUGGCGAUGCCUGUGGGGAAGGAAGGCACGGCCGCUCCUGCCAAGCCAGUCGCUCUAGAACAGCCUCAUUCACGAUCUAUCGCUUUUCUCUUUCUCUCUCGCUUGCUCGUCC